AUGGAUAUGGAAACCCUGGAGAUGAGACCCGGAAUUAUCAUUGUCGGAUCCCAGAGCGUUGGUAAACGGACCCUCCUUUCCCGACUGUUUCCUGUGGAUUUUGAAGAUGCCCCCAAUCCAUCAUCCAAGUUACUUGCUUAUGGGUGGACAAUCAACACAAAGUACUAUACAGCUGAUGUUUCAGUUUGGAUGGCUCAUCUUCAUGACGACUUCUCUAUCGCAAGCCUGCCUAUGAUUGAUAAGUUAUCUGCCUUGGUGAUGGUGUUCGAUGUUAAUGAUCUCUCUUCUUUUGCUGCUCUUAAAGAUUGGGUGAAGCAAACUGAUAUUCAGAAAUUCGAUAUACUGCUAUGUAUUGGUAACAAAGUGGAUCUUCUUCCUCAUCAUCCAGCUCAUGCUGAAUACAGGAGAUGUCUGCUGAAGCGCGAAGAAUCCUCUGGCAGUUCUCUUCUAGACUUGGCAGACUAUGGGAUUUCUGAAACCGAAGGAAGUAGUUUAUUGGGAGAUGAAGAACCAUCAUCAGAGAUCACGAAGUCUUGCUUGGAAUGGUGCAUUGAACAUAACAUUGAAUACAUUGAAUCGUGUGCAUCUAAUGCUGAUUUUGACAAGUGUCUGUCCGUAGAUGGAGAUUCACAAGGUGUCGAACGACUCUUUGGAGCUCUCUCUGCUCACAUGUGGCCUGGAAUGUCCUUGAAGUCUGGUGAUAAGAUAAAUGAACCUACAUUACCUGAACAAGAAGAUUUAUCAGAAGAAGAGUCUGAGUAUGAACUUGAAUACGAAGUCUUAUCUGCUGGUUCUGCAGAACCAUGGGACGACACAGAUGUAUGGAUGUCUGCAGAUGGUCCUGUUUCAACCUCAGGGACUGGGGAUCCAUCUGCUAGCAAUCCUGUCCCUAAGAACUUUGAUCGCAAGAUUGAUGUUGGAUCUGUUGGAGAAGAGCACAAGCCGUCAACAUCAGCAUCUCAGCUGCAGGAAGAGCUUGACAUGGACAAAACACCCGAUACACAUGAAGCUGACAGAACUUCGGAACCUGAUGAGGGUGAGACCUACGAUUUUGAGGAUCUGGAAAUGUUGAUGUCCGAAAUUGGGAAUAUGCGCAGCAGUUUGAGGUUAAUGCCGGAUUUCCAGAGACGGGAAACGGCAGCAAAACUGGCCAUGAAAAUGGCUGCAAUGUUUGGAGAUAGCAGUGGAGGUGAAGAGGGAUUUGAUUGA